AUAAAGAAACUAGCAUCACUGUAAAUAAAAUUCAGGUUUCAGACUGAAGUCAGUUCUGUGUUCACUGGCACUUCAAGAGCUCGUGCAUCAGUCGUGGACUAAAACAAAACCGCAAGGAAUUUCUGUAGGCUCACUGAAAGAAAGCGUUAAUGUUCUCUCUCCUGCUGCAACCCCCCAGUGAAAACCCUCCUGCUCUUCCCAUUUCGGACGGGGGUGGGAUCUACAUUUUAAACGUGCUCUGUAGAAUUAAUACCUGGCCAAUGUCUUUGACUGUUCACUCUAUACUUGAAUAAUCGCCUGGAGAGGUAACUACUCACCUUAAUGAACUGUUUGAAUCUAUUAGGGUUUUCUUAACCACUACCGCGUCGUUUGUCGUAUUUUUGGAUACUGUUGCCCACUCUUACUGGAGAGAUUCUACCUGUGUCAUUACCUGAGCCAUUGGAAUUUUUGUGGCAAGAUUGGGCCUUUGUCGACGAAACAUGAUACGUGCGUUGGUGUACAUUGGUGUGCUGAUAGCCAUAAUGGCUGUGACAGAAGCAAGGCCUAAAUCAGCUGAACCAAAGUGUAAAUCAGGCCCGGUCGACCUUGUGUUUAUCAUUGAUGGCUCCCGCAGCGUUCGUCCCCAUGAGUUUGAGACAAUGCGCAAGUUCAUGAUAGACAUCAUCCAUGAGAUGGACAUUGGCCUGGAAGCUACAAGAGUUGGUGUGGUCCAAUACUCCAGUCAAGUCCAGAAUGUGUUCUCCCUCAAAGCCUUCAGCAAGACUGCGGAGAUGGUCAAAGCCAUCAACGAGAUCAUUCCAUUGGCACAGGGCACUAUGACCGGCCUGGCCAUCCGCUAUGCUAUGAAUGUAGCCUUCUCUGCCGAACAAGGCGCCCGUCCCAACGUUCCCCAUGUAGCCGUUAUCGUGACAGACGGUCGCCCUCAGGACCGUGUGGCUGAAGUGGCGGCAGCUGCAAGGGAGUCUGGGAUUGAGAUCUAUGCCAUUGGUGUCGCCAGGGCUGAUAUGACCUCACUGCGAGCUAUGGCUUCUCCACCAUUUGAGGAUCACGUCUUCCUGGUGGAAAGUUUUGACCUCAUUCACCAGUUUGGGCUUCAAUUUCAAGACAAGCUUUGUGGGAUGGACUUAUGUCUAGAAUCAGAUCACGGUUGUGAACACAUCUGUGAGAGCUCGCCUGGCUCCUACCACUGUCUCUGUCUGCCUGGAUACACACUCCACGAGGAUGGCAAGACCUGCACACCCAUUGAUCUUUGUGCUGAAGGGAAGCAUGAUUGUGAGCAGAUCUGUAUCGCUUCACCCGGGUCAUUCACAUGCGACUGUAACACAGGAUACACACUCAACGAUGACAAGAGAACCUGCAAAAUGAUCGACUACUGCUCAUUUGGGAAUGAUAGCUGCGAGCACGAGUGUGUAAGUGUGCUCAACGGCUUUAACUGUCGCUGUGACGAAGGAUACUCACUCAACAAUGACCUGAAAACCUGCACAAUGAUCGACUACUGUUCUUUUGGGAAUGAUAGCUGUGAGCACGAAUGUGUGAGUGUGCUUCAGAGCUUUUAUUGCCAGUGCCGUGAAGGAUACACACUCAAUGAGGAUGAAACAACGUGCACAAUGAUCGAUUACUGUUCAUUUGGGAAUGACAGCUGUGAGCACGAGUGUGUGAGUGUGCUCAAUGGCUUUAACUGCCGCUGUAAUGAAGGAUACUCACUCAACGAUGACCUGAAGACCUGUACAAUGAUCGAUUAUUGCUCAUUUGGGAAUGAUAGCUGCGAGCACGAGUGUGUGAGUGUCCUGAAAGGCUUUCACUGCCAGUGCAAUGAUGGAUACACACUCAACGAUGACAAGAAGACCUGCACAAUGAUCGACUACUGCUUAUUUGGGAACGAUAGCUGCGAGCAUGAAUGUGUGAGUGUCCUGAAAGGCUUUCACUGCCGCUGUAAUGAUGGAUACACACUCAACGAUGACAAGAAGACCUGCACAAUGAUCGAUUACUGCUCUUUUGGGAACGAUAGCUGCGAGCACCAGUGUGUGAGUGUCCUGAAAGGCUUUCACUGCGUUUGUGAUGAUGGAUACACACUCAACGAUGACAUGAAGACCUGCACAAUGAUCGACUACUGUUCAUUUGGGAAUGAUAGCUGCGAGCACGAGUGUGUGAGUGUGCUCAAAGGCUUUAACUGCCAGUGUAAUGAAGGAUACUCACUAAAUGAUGACCUGAAGACCUGCACAAUGAUUGAUUACUGCUCAUUUGGGAAUGAUAGCUGUGAGCAUGAGUGUGUGAGUGUCCUGAAAGGCUUUUACUGCCGUUGUAAGGAUGGAUACACUCUUAAUGACGACAAGAAGACCUGCACAAUGAUUGAUUACUGUUCAUUUGGGAAUCACAGCUGUGAUCAUCACUGUGUUAGUGUGCUCAAUGGCUUCUACUGUCGCUGCGAUGAGGGAUACACUCUUCAGGAGGAUAGAAAGACCUGCCAGUCGGAUAACUUGUGUAACACAGUGGAACAUGGUUGUGAAUACCAGUGUGUGAGCACUCCAGGAUCUUACCACUGCAUAUGUCUCGAGGGCCAUGUGCUACAGGACGACGGCAAGACCUGCGGAACCUGUCGAUCUUCCAACAUCGACCUGGUUCUCCUCAUCGACGGUUCCAAGAGCGUGCGGCCGCAGAAUUUCGAGCUUGUCAAGCAGUUUGUUAACCAGGUGGUGGAUCAGCUGGACGUCUCCCCUAAAGGAACACGCGUGGGUCUCGUCCAGUACUCAAGCAGAGUGCGUACAGAGUUUCCGCUUAGCAUGUUUCAGACAAAAGAAGAGAUCAAAAAGGCUGUGAUGAAUGUGGAGUACAUGGAGAAGGGGACCAUGACGGGUUUGGCUCUCAAACACAUGGUGGAGAACAGCUUCUCCGAGGCUGAUGGAGCCCGUCCUGCUGAGAAGAACAUCCCACGGGUCGGCCUGGUCUUUACUGACGGACGAUCACAGGAUGAUAUUCAAGACUGGGCUAAGAAGGCCAAGGAAGCAGGUAUCACCAUGUACGCUGUUGGUGUGGGUAAAGCCGUGGAGGAUGAGCUGAGAGAGAUUGCCUCUGAGCCUGUGGAAAAACACUUCUUCUACAGCGCCGACUUCACUGCCAUCAGCCAGAUCGCUGAGAACCUCAAACUCAAUGUCUGUCCAGCUGAGAGUCAAGGUGAGAUCGAGGUGAAGGACCCCUGUGCUUGUGAAAGUCUUGUGGAGUUCCAGCAGGUUACGAUGUCCACCCUAGACCAGCUCAACCAGAAACUGUCAGCUAUGACCAAGCGACUGGAAGUUCUGGAGAGCCAGUUGCUCACUAGAAAAUGAGAAAGCACUUUGAGGACGGGGCCCGCUGGGUGUGAAGGGUCCCACAGUCACAAGAUCUACAGGUGUUGACGCCUGAUGCAUGAGGCCCACUAUUUCCUUAUGACAUUUUUGGACAUGGCUAAUAUUGUUCCCUAUUUAUACAUGCUCUGUAUUGAAUGAUUUAUAGAGAGAUAUGUAUUUAUGGCAAAUUUGAUAUUAGCAUUUAUACACUAAAAAGGGAAAUUAAGUGUUUUAUACCACUCUGAAAUAUUGUCAUCUUUAUCCUGUUUGCAACAUUUCUGGCUCCAAAUUUAUGCACAAUAUAUGAACGUGGAUCUGUAAAACCUUUAUUCACAAAUAUAUGAACAGAAAAAAAAAAAUAGUACUAAUUCCGUAAAAGCACACAUCCACUUACUUAUGACCAAAGCUGUUGCCUGUUGUGCAUGAAUAUUUAAAUAGUCAGAGGAACAUGUUUGAUCAUUGUAAACUGUUUAACUGGACUGCAGUGUGGCCUGAAUGGUUUGUUAACACAAAGAUAUGAUUUUAGAAAUUAUGUUAACAGGGUUAUUGUGUACAAGUGCCCCUUAAGAUUGUAGUUUUUUUAAUUGUUGUUAUUGAAUACAGAAUCAAGUUAUGAUACCUCAGUGUACUCUGGCCUCAGGUUUUUACGUUUUCUUGAUAUUUGCAAAAAAAAGGCCCCAUUAUAAGGCUGUUAUAUGUGAAUUAUUUCCUAAUAACACUCCUUUUUAAAACAUUCAAAGUGUGUCUGUAUUCUUUCACAGUGUUAAAUAAAGAUGUUUUCAGACUGCUGUCA